GGUUCCGACACGAACUAUGUAGACCGGCACCACAGCUGGCGCACUUGAAUACAUUCACUCAGCCUCCAUCGAAUCUAUCAUUGGUCGAUUUCCCGUGUUCACAUGUGAAUACAGCCAUACGCUGAGACGAGAGUCGCUUGGAUGAACCGCAAUGGGCUCAAAGACGCUAUCCAGACUUCGUCAGAACUUCCCCUACAUUCCUCCUGAGGCUACCGUCGAUCAUCUGGUCAUCGGCGCUGGAGUCGUCGGUCUCGCCAUCGGCCGAGAACUGGUCCACAGGUUCAGGAGCCGAUCAACCUUCGUGGUCGAACGGAAUCAUCAGCCCGGUCAAGAAACCAGCUCUAGAAAUAGUGAAGUAAUACACGCUGGGAUCUAUUAUCCUCAAGAUUCGUUGAAGACCGCAUUAUGCCUUCGAGGUCGAAAGUUGAUGUACGAUUACUGUCGGAAGCACGAGAUCCCCCACAAGAAGAUUGGCAAACUGAUCAUUUCAAGGUCGAGGGAGGAGACUGAAUAUCUACAGAAGUUGUACCAAAAAUGUCAAAGUUUGAAUGGAAGCCAGGAUCUGAGAAGAGGGGUGAUGUUCGGACGAAUGGAGGAUCGAGAGGAGGAGUUGGUUCCAUUGAGGGUAAUCGACCAAGCCGAAGCACAUGCCCUGGAGCCCGAUCUGAGUCCAGACGUUUCCUUCGGCCUGUUCAGCCCAGAGACCGGCGUCCUGGACUCUCAUGCGUUCAUCUCCUCACUCGAGAACUCGAUCGAAAACAGCGAGAAUGGCGAGCUCGUCUAUGGCACCCAUGUCGUCCGCAUCGAUCGAUCCUCUACCGACCAAGGCUGGGUCGUCCAGACUCAAACCAACGCCGAUCAGCCUGGUGAAGGCGGGGGUGAACGAAACAGCGUACUGGCUAAGUGUCUGGUAAAUUGCGCCGGAUUGAAUGCACAUAAUAUCUACAAUCACCUGCUAUAUCCGAGAUCGCGACAACUCCAGCUGGGGUUCUGUAAGGGUAGCUACUACUCGUACAGCUCUCCAAAGGGUGUCGACUCGGUCAAACAUCUGAUCUACCCAACGCCGAUCCAGCAGCCCACACAAAAGAGUUUUGUGGGCCUGGGUACUCAUCUGACUCUAGACAUGAACCAGAAGAUCAAAUUCGGUCCGGACGUGGAGUGGCUCACCACGAAGAUGAUCGAGGCUAACAAGGGACUUUUUGGGAAGUGUGGUCCGGAUGGGCUCGCCGCAGGCGCACUAGAGGAAUGUCAAGACUUCUGGACCGAGCUCUUGGUCCCGAACGACCAGCGACUCGAAACUACUUACCAGUCCGUUAGGAGUUAUCUACCUGGAGUAGAUAGAGAUCACUUUUCACCCGAUUAUUCAGGAAUAAGGCCGAAGUUACGGACGACGGACAGCUCACAAAACGAAUCCAAUCAGGAGGUCUUGCUCAAUGGGAACGAGGGAAUGAGUGGCAGUCAACUUCCGAACCUGGAUGACUUCUACAUCAACCAGUCCGAGCCGGGCUUCGUGAACCUGCUUGGGAUCGAAUCUCCCGGCCUGACCUCCUCCCUUGCGAUUGCUGAACACGUCGCCAUGUUGAUCCAACAACUCCCCUCGGGUCUGUCCCUCAAGAGUCGCCAGUCUACGGCCCAUGAGCGCUUCAGUGCAGUCGGUCAUUUGGACGAUUGGGCUUAG